AAUGGACAUCGACCGACAUAUUUCAUCACUGCUAUCAGGAGGAUGUCUUCCAGAAAGAGAUCUUAAACUUAUAUGUGAACGAGCAAAAGAAAUCUUCUUAGAAGAAUCUAAUGUAUAACCUGUUAGAGCUCCUGUUAAUGUUUGUGGUGAUAUUCAUGGUAAAGAUAUUAUUAAAUGACAUAGGCCAAUUUUAUGAUUUGUAGGCUCUGAUGAAGGAAGGUGGUGAUAUUCCUGAUCAUAAUUACAUUUUUAUAGGAGAUUUUGUUGAUAGAGGAUAUAAUAGUGUAGAAACUUUGGAAUAUUUGCUAUGUUUAAAAGGUAAGAGAAGAUUAUAUUUAUAAAUAGUAAAAUAUCCAGGAAAUAUUGUAUUAUUAAGAGGAAAUCAUGAAUCAAGAUAAUGCACUUAAGUUUAUGGAUUUUAUGAAGAGAUUUUGAGAAAAUAUGGAAAUAGUAGUCCAUGGAGAUUAUUUAUGGAUGUUUUCGAUUGUUUACCAUUAGCUGCUUUAAUAGAAGGCUAAAUAUUAUGUGUUCAUGGAGGAUUGUCACCUGAUAUGAGAACUGUUGAUUAAAUAAGAACUAUUGAUAGAAAAGUAAAAAAAAAUUAUGAAAAUUUAAGGUUGAAAUUCCUCAUGAAGGUCCAUUUUGUGAUUUAAUGUGGUCAGAUCCAGAAGAUGUUGAAUAUUGGGCUGUUAAUUCAAGAGGAGCUGGAUAUUUAUUUGGUGCUAAAGUUACAAAAGAGUUUUGUAGAUUGAAUGAUCUUAGUUUAAUUUGUAGAGCUCAUUAAUUAGUAAUGGAAGGAUAUAAAUAUUGGUUCCCUGUAAUAUUAAUUAAAUAAUUUAGGAUUAAAAUUUGGUUACAGUAUGGUCAGCUCCAAAUUAUUGUUAUAGAUGUGGAAAUAUUGCUUCCAUUCUUUGUUUAGAUAAUUCUUUGUAAUCUACCUGGAAAACAUUCAGAGAGGUUCCUGAAAGUGGUAAAAGCAUUAAUCCAAAGAAUGUUCUUCCUUAUUUCUUAUGAAAUAUUGU